GCAGAGAAUUUCAGGUCUGAAUCAAGAUAAGACACAAAAAAAAAGGAGAAUGAAGAAGAAGACAUUUGAAUGUGAUGAAUCGAUGAUCAUCACCAUACCCAUUGGGAGUCUGAGGAAUGCUAGAGAUGGUCAACUGAUGCCGGAGAAAUUUCAGUGUGUUUACAAAGAUUCAUACAAGGUCUUUGUUAUUCGAGGGAAACCUAAACCCCUUGGGGCAGCCCAGGCCAUCGCUGGUGUGUUCAUUGUCAUUCUCUGUCUGAUUUUCACUCAGACAGAUGACUUCCUCAGGUUCUACACUCUGCCCAGUGUUCUGUUUGUGGUCUGUGGUAUGCUGUCCUACGCUGCUGGGCAAUUUCCAAAUAUGCAUGUGACAAAGCUGUCAUUCUCUCUGAACAUCAUCAGCUUCUUCUGGUCAGUUGCGGCAGUUUGUCUCUACGUGUUCAAGUUCAAUGUUUCACCAGAAGGCAGCUCACACAAGGUCCAUGAAGGAAUCAAGGGACUGAUUAUAUCUCUGCUGGUUUUGGAGAAGUUACUGGCCCUUUCUUUGAUCUACUGGCUGAGUAAAGCUGUAUGCAGACAACAUUUCAACACGUUGCCAAUCAUACUGCUGAAACAAGGCGACUGAAGGCUUGAAAGACUUAAUGGAACUCAUGAAACCAACAACAGACCACCUACUUACAUGAUACUUUUAAAUUCCUCUUUAUUCCUCUUUAUCAAGUAUGCACAGCCACUCAGUGUACAUUAAUUUGCGUCUUCUAGGUAACACAGUAUACACGUAUAUGUUUGUGUACAUCUACCUGUUUCUAUUGCAUUUUUGAUCAGAAAAAAAAGUGGGCUAUCAAUUGCAAGCAUCGGUGUGUCUACACUGCAAAAUCAUCUCUGAUUUCUAAAUCCUUGGGAAGGUUGUAUUGUCUCCAUUCCUGUAAAUUUAGAUCAUAUUUUAAAACUUGUAUUGUAGCCUAGUCCUUGAUUACUUUUAUUCUGUUCUCCAUGAAUCAUUUUGUAACUUUGCUUUGUGCAAAUAAAGGUGGUUUUCUUUUGUU